UUCGGUUGUUGAGUGAGACCAUCGGGCGACCAAAGUGUGUGUGUUUCUGUGGUGACGACUGAGAAGUGAUUUCGACUGCAACAGUGAUUUCGGUUCGAAGAUUGACGGUGUGCAAACGAAGCGUUUUAAGGACACCGACUGGACUCAAAAUCAAAAACGAACAUGGAAACGUGUGUGCUGAUACCGCAGGAGUUCGCUCUCGCCGUGACCGGGCUGGGGGCGCGAAAUUCGCGUGAACAAACCGCAACCGUGUGGUCCAGCAGGGCCAUCGCGCAGGGAACGCUCUGCUAUCCCUUCCAAGGCACGGUUCGCAUCGACAAUUUGGACAUCUUUUCAACGAUCCAGGAAGACGACAUUCGACAUCGGUUCGGACUUUACGACGAGAUCACCGCCGUCAAUGGGCGAACGGUGCGCCACUGCAACUGGAUCCGGUUCCUGCGCGUGUCGGAAACGUACGGGCCGCAGGUGAACGUGGUGUGCGCCAAGGUGAAAGGUGAGCCGAUCUACGAGAUCGUGAACCCGAUCCCGUCGCACCAGGAGCUGGUCGUCUACUACCUUCCCGAGGGUCCCGAGGAGCUCUUCUUCAUCCGGAUGCGCAAUCAGCUGUAUCGGCAAACGAUGGACUCGAUUCUGGAAGAUUCCCCGCUGGACCUCUCGACGUCGCUGCUGUCGCGGGUCAUGCUGCCGAUCUCGCCGCCGUCGGGCGCCGAGGACG